AUGAAUAUACUAUGUAAAUACUGUAAAGCACGACAUUUUUCAUCUAUACAAGUUGCUAAUAAAAAAUUUUCUUUUAAUGAUUGUUGUAAUCAUGGUGAAGCUAUUCUUGAUGAAUUACUAGCUUUACCACCAAUUUUGCAAAAGCUCUAUGAUGGUACUCACUUGAAAUCUAAUCAAUUUUAUAGUCGAAUACGAUACUAUAAUAGUUCGUUUUCAUUUGCUUCAUUGAAUGCAGAUUUAAUUCGAUUUGAUGAAAAUCGUCCAGGACCUUUUUGUGAAUUACCAACGAACGGACAAUUAUUUAUUAUUGAUGCUAAUGAAGCAUCGCUUUUGCGUUGUGAACAAAAUGAUAAAUUAGAUUUAGAAAUAGUAAAUGAUAUUGAAACUGAGUUACGACAAUUUAACAUCAUCGCUUGUUCUUAUCAAAUGAUGAAAGAUGUAUUAGAAGAAGAGAAAAUAAAAAACAAUGAUGUUGAACCUGAAUUACAGUUGUUAUUUACUUUGAAACCUGGAAUGGAUUGUAAUCGUUAUAAUUUUCAACGAAUAAAUGAAGUUGCUGCUGUUUUUUCAACAACAGCUGAUGGAGAUAUUCCUGAAUCAUACGUAACUGUAAAAAAUACAAACACCAAACAAAUAAUGAACAUUAAUACAACGGAUCCCAAUGUAGAACCUUUAGUAUACCCAUUAUUUUAUCCGCAUGGUACAAAAGAUUGGCACAAAGAUAUAUCAUGUGUUAAUAAAAAUAAAAGUAUCACUCGCAAUGCUUAUAUUAAGUAUCGAUUAGCUAUACGUAAUGAUUUUAAUAAAUUUUUAUUAGGUCGGAGAUUAUUUCAACAAUGGGUCGUUGACAGCUAUGUUAAAAUAGAAAAGGAUAGAAUACGUUAUUGUAAAAAUAAUCAAAAACAGUUGCGUGUUGAGACAUAUCAAGGGUUGAUUGAUUAUUCACAUAAAAAAAGUAAUGAUACUAAUAGUCAAAUCGGAAAAAUGAUAAUACUUCCAUCAUCCUUUAUUAAUUCACCACGAACUUAUGUGGAUGUAAUUGAAUUCCAAAAACGCGGUUUACCACAUAUGCAUAUGUUAAUUACAUUGAAAAAAUAUUGUAAAAUAAAUACAUCUGUAUUAGUAGACAAAUAUAUUUCAGCAGAAAUCCCUGAUCCAACUAUAAAUCCUAAGUUGCAUAAUAUUGUUAUGAAUAAUAUGAUACACGGUCCUUGUGGUGAUUGGUGCCUGGUCAAUAGUAAGUGUUCGAAAAAAUAUCCGAAAUCAUUUGUCGAAAAAACAGCAAUGGAUGAGAAUGGCUAUCCGCAUUAUAGACGAAAAAAUACAAAUAUACAAUACAUCAAAAGAUUAAAAUCUUACGAUUUUUCAGUUAAUAACAGUCUUGUUGUACCUCAUAAUCAAAGAUUGUUACUGUUAUUCAAUUGUCAUAUAAAUAUUGGAAUUGUAUCCAGUAUUAGAGCAGUUAAAUAUUCAUAUAAAUAUAUUUAUAAGGGUCAUGAUGCAGCUGCUUUCAAUAUUUCAAAUUCUGAAAACAUUAUCAACCAUGAUGAAAUUAAAGAUUAUUUAGAAGGACGCUAUGUAGGACCUGUAGAAGCAUGUUGGCGAAUUUUUAACAAAGAAUUGCAAAAUAAAAGUCAUACUGUCACACGAUUACCUAUACAUUUACCUAAUCAACAAUCUAUUGUAGUUCACUCAACAGAAAAUGAUGAAAGUAUUAUAAGUGCUUUAGACAAAGCAAAACAAUCCCAAUGGCAUAAGCGACAAACUCAAUUUAAUGUUAUUGGGCGUAUGUAUUCUAUAAAUCCAAAAAAUACAGAAUUAUUUCAUUUACGAUUGUUGUUAUUAAAUAUAAAAGGAGCAACAAGUUUUGAUGAUUUUAAAACUGUUAAUGGAGUUACUUAUAAUACCUUUGUUGAUACAUGCUUAGUAAUGGGACUUAUUGAAGACGAUGAUGAAUGGAAAAAGGUUAUGACAGAAGCAGAAUCGUGGAUGAUGCCACAUCAAUUACGUAGACUAUUCGUACGUAUUUUAAUACAUUGUCAACCACUUCAUCCAGAACAAUUAUGGGAAACAUUCAAAAACGCGACGUCAGAAGAUUUUCUUAGACAAUUUGGAGCAAAUGUAGCUUAUAAAAAAGCGUACAUACAAAUUAACACCUUAUUAAUAAUAGAAGGUUCGAGUCUUAACGAAUUUUCAUCUAUGGAACAGAUUACAGACAUUGAAAAUUCUGAUUUCGAUGAUAUUUCUCCACAAGAACAUAAUAGAAUUGGUCAAUAUCAAUAUAAUCAAUUAAAUAAAAAACAAAAAGAUUUUGUUGAUCAUGUAACGUAUUCAAUUGAUAAUGUUAAUGGAGAGAAUAAUAUAUCAAGAUGCUUUUUUGUUGAUGGACCUGGAGGUUCAGUACCUUUAUUUAGUGAUGCAACAUCAAAUAUUAAACCUCGAUCAAAACAAUACGAAUAUUUAAAAAAAUGUGAUCUUUUUAUUUGGGAUGAAGCUCCAAUGGCUCCGAGAUAUGCAUUAGAAUUAGUAGAUCGAACAUUGCGUGAUAUAAUGAAUAAUACUCAACUUUUUGGUGGAAAAAUCUUGGCUCUUGGGGGUGAUUUCAGACAACUACUUCCAGUAUCGACAAAUGCACCUCGAAUAGCUAAUGGAACGCUUAAUGAUAGUAAUGAUUAUUUAACUGUUCCAGACGAUUGUAUAGCUGAUGAACAUUGCAAUAUGUUGACAAUUUCUAUACUUGCUCCUCGCAAUACUGAUGUGGAUGAAAUAAAUAAUGAUGUUGUUAAUUUACUUGAUGCAACCACAGCAAAAAUAUAUAAAAGUAUUGAUUCUAUUGAUCAAUGUGAUAAUAGUGAUAUAAAUGAUGCUAUUGUGCCAGAAUAUGUAAAUAGUCUGAAUCCACCUAAUUUCCACCUCAUGAAUUUCGAUUAA